AUGGGGUAUCUUCAUCAUGAAUUUCGUUGGCCGUGGUUUCGGCGCGCUCUCCGGGAAGCACCUAAGCUUACAACGGUGACCAUUCGUUCCCCGUCGCUCCACCACUGUGGCUUACCAUUUUCACAACUAACGACAUGGAGGGUCCUAAAAAUCACGUCUGAUUAUGGCUUGAAUCAAUUUUUUGAAUUUGCACGGGCCUGCGGGCGCCUCAAGAACUUGACAUUGGAGAUUUUGUCCUAUUCUGUUCCUCCUCGGGAGCUUCGGGAGGUCGAGUUGCCUUCUCUUCAGAAGUUAUCCCUCACUUCCUACGUGUAUGACAUUAGGUGGUUGUAUGGCGUUCUCGCAUCCCUUGUCAUCCCCUCGCUCGAAGAGUGCAAUAUACAAUGCAGGGACUGGCCCGGAUCCAGCUUCCUCGACAUGGUUCGGCGAUCCUCAUCUUCGCUCAAACGGAUGCGUCUUGCUGUCCUCCAAACGUUAACAAGUUCUCUGGCAUGCAGCCCUCUAUUUGAUGUUCUGCAAGCCGCGUCUGAAUUGACUCAUUUCGAGUUCGUCAUGGGCAGAGCAGACAACGAUCAUCCGACCUAUCUCACUCUGAUGGCGAACGACAUGAUCUCGACACUCUUCAACAGACUCCAAAACGAUCCUAACACUUUCCUCCCAAAACUCAACCUCCUCUCUCUUGAAUUUUCGCAUGUCACGCUGAACACGCAACUUGUGGAGCGGGUGUUAGAGGUAGUUUCUGCAAGACAGCUCACACUCUAUCCUUUGAAGGAAUUUCGCCUCCGAGUCGUGCGGCCUGUGGUGGGAAAGAAAGUUGGGGGGAAGUUUGUUAUUGGUCCUGAGCUGCUCGAGAGGAUCCGAGUGUUGGACGAAAGUCGAAUCAAAGUGCUCUUCGUGGACCGCUUUGAGGAGUAA